GGAAGCUUAUGAGAGUGAGGUAGAGCUUAACUAUGUAGCAGGAGCAGGCCUCGAUCUCUUUGGUACCGAUAGAGAGAGAGAGAGAGAGAGAGAGAGAGAGAGGGGGAGAGAGAGAGAGAGAGAGGGGGGGAUAGAGAGAGAGAGAGAGAAGAAUCAGAUACAAGAGACAGAGGCAGUGUCAGUGUGUGUCCCUUCACACUGCACAGCACAGACAGCUCUCCCAUAGAAACAGAAGUCAGCGAGUCACCCUGUGGCCUUUCCAAGCACUCAUUGAUUUGAGGAUUGCAGUCCCUGUCAUUCAUUUCUUCACGUUUUCAUGCUUUGACUGGACCGUGGAUCUCGGUCAGAAACCGACCCAAAGAAAUAAUGAUGAUGCUGCUACGCCUGAGUGUGGUGCGUGGGGGGCGGGGGCUACUGGAGCUCCAGAGGCUGGGCCAUCUGCACCGCUCUGCCCACGCAGCCCCCAACUUGGAGUACAACCCCAUAAGGAAGGUCUUGGUGGCCAACAGAGGUGAGAUUGCCAUCCGGGUGUUCCGGGCCUGCACAGAGCUGGGGAUCCGCACGGUGGCUGUGUACUCCGAGCAGGACACGGGGCAGAUGCACAGGCAGAAGGCCGAUGAGGCCUACCUCAUUGGCAAGGGCCUGCCGCCUGUGGCUGCCUACCUUCACAUACCUGAUAUCAUCAGAGUUGCUAAGGCCAACAACGUCGAUGCCAUCCAUCCCGGAUACGGCUUCCUGUCGGAGCGCUCGGACUUCGCACAGGCGUGCGCCGACGCGGGGGUGCGGUUCAUCGGGCCGACCCCCGAGGUGGUGCGCAAGAUGGGGGACAAAGUUGAGGCUCGCGCCAUCGCCAUCCGAGCCGGAGUGCCUGUGGUCCCAGGGACUGACGGCCCCAUCUCCUCCCUGAAGGAGGCCCAGCAGUUCGCCCAAACCUACGGCUUCCCCAUCAUCUUCAAGGCCGCCUACGGGGGCGGCGGCAGGGGCAUGAGGGUUGUGCGGGAGUAUGAGGAACUUGAGGAAAAUUAUCAGCGUGCAUACUCUGAGGCUUUGACUGCUUUCGGGAAUGGCGCUCUCUUUGUGGAGAAGUUCAUAGAGAAGCCCAGACACAUUGAAGUGCAGAUUCUGGGCGAUAAGUAUGGGAAUGUGAUUCAUCUGUAUGAGAGGGACUGCUCCAUCCAGAGGAGACAUCAGAGGUUUCGAAAAGACAGAAAUAAAAUGGGAGCGAACAAGGUGGGCUACGAGAACGCUGGCACGGUCGAAUUCCUUGUGGACAAAAGCGGGAAGCACUACUUCAUCGAGGUGAACUCCCGCCUGCAGGUGGAGCACACAGUCACUGAGGAGAUCACAGAUGUGGAUCUGGUGCAUGCUCAGUUGCGGGUGUGCGAGGGGCGGAGCCUGACCGAGCUGGGCCUGAGGCAGGAAAACGUCCGGCUCAACGGCUGCGCCAUCCAGUGCCGCGUCACCACCGAGGACCCCGCCCGCGGCUUCCAGCCCGACACGGGCCGCCUGGAGGUCUUCCGCAGUGGAGAGGGCAUGGGCAUCCGGCUGGACAGCGCGUCCGCGUUCCAAGGAGCGGUCAUUUCGCCGCACUACGACUCGCUGCUGGUCAAAGUCAUCUCCAGCGGCAAAGACCUGCCCACCGCCGCCGCGAAGAUGAACCGCGCGCUAGCCGAGUUCCGCGUCCGCGGCGUCAAGACGAACAUCCCCUUCCUGCAGAACGUACUGAACAAUGACCAGUUCCUGCACAGCACCGUGGACACCCAGUUUAUCGACGAGAACCCAGACCUCUUCAAUCUCAAGCGUGUUCAGAACCGGGCCCAGAAACUCCUACACUACCUGGGUCAUGUAAUGGUGAAUGGCCCCAUCACUCCAAUUCCAGUCAAAGCCAAGCCGUCUUCCGUCGACCCUGUAGUACCCACAGUCCCUUUGGGGGACCCCCCCGCGGGUUUCCGGGACGUGUUGCUGCGGGACGGCCCGGAGGGGUUUGCGCGGGCGGCGCGCGCCCACCAGGGCCUCCUCCUCAUGGACACCACGUUUCGCGACGCCCACCAGUCGCUGCUGGCCACUCGCGUCCGCACCCACGACCUCAAGCAGAUCGCCCCCUUCGUGGCCCACAACUUCAACAACCUCUUCAGCUUGGAGAACUGGGGGGGCGCCACGUUCGACGUGGCCAUGCGCUUCCUGUGGGAGUGCCCGUGGCGCCGGCUGCAGGAGCUGCGGAAGCUGCUGCCCAACGUGCCCUUCCAGAUGCUUCUGCGGGGCGCCAACGCGGUGGGCUACACCAACUACCCCGACAACGUGGUCUUCAGGUUCUGCGAGGUUGCCAAGGAGAAUGGCAUGGACAUCUUCCGGGUCUUUGACUCGCUUAACUACCUUCCCAACAUGCUCCUGGGCAUGGAGGCAGCUGGCACGGCGGGGGGCGUGGUCGAGGCUGCCAUUUCCUACACCGGCGACGUGUCGGAUCCCAUGCGGCAGAAGUACUCGCUGGACUACUACCUGAAACUGGCCGACGAGCUGGUGAAGGCCGGCACACACAUCCUGGCCAUUAAGGAUAUGGCAGGGCUCCUGAAGCCGGAGGCAAGCCGGCAGCUGAUUGGUGCACUGAGGGACCGCUUUCCGGAGGUGCCCAUCCACGUGCACACCCACGACACAGCGGGCGCGGGCGUGGCAGCCAUGCUGGCGUGCGCCAACGCGGGGGCGGACGUGGUGGACGUGGCCGUGGACUCCAUGGCGGGCAUGACGUCUCAGCCCAGCAUGGGCGCCAUCGUGGCCUGCGCCAAGGGCACCAAGCUGAACACGGGCAUCGCUCUGGAGAAGGUGUUUGACUACAGCGAGUACUGGGAGGUGGCGCGCGGGCUGUACGCGCCCUUCGACUGCACGGCCACCAUGAAGUCCGGCAACGCCGACGUGUACGAGAACGAGAUCCCCGGCGGCCAGUACACCAACCUGCACUUCCAGGCGCACAGCAUGGGCCUGGGGAACAAGUUCAAGGCGGUGAAGAAGGCCUACGCCGAGGCCAACAAGCUGCUGGGAGACCUCAUCAAGGUGACCCCGUCCUCUAAGAUAGUGGGUGACCUGGCGCAGUUCAUGGUGCAGAACUCUCUGACGCGGGCGGAGGUGGAGGAGCGGGCGGACGAGCUGUCCUUCCCCCUGUCGGUGGUGGAGUUCCUGCAGGGCCACAUCGGCAUGCCCCACGGUGGCUUCCCCGAGCCCUUCAGGUCCAAGGUGCUGAAGUCUCUGCCGCGACUGGAGGGUCGUCCCGGCGCCUCCUUGGCUCCAAUGGACUUCCAGGCCCUGGAGAAGCAGUUGCGGGAGGCGCACGGUGAUGACAUCACACCCGAAGACAUGAUGUCAGCAGCAAUGUAUCCCAAAGUCUUCCAGGAGUUCAAGGAGUUCACCUCCAGCUUUGGGCCAGUGGGCUGUCUCAACACGCGGCUCUUCCUGGAGGGGCCCAAGAUUGCAGAGGAGUUUCAGGUGGAGCUGGAACGUGGGAAGACCCUGCACAUUAAAGCUUUGGCCCUCGGGGACUUGAACAAGGCAGGACAGAGGGAGGUGUUCUUUGAGCUCAAUGGUCAGUUACGAUCUGUCCUGGUCAAGGACACACUGGCCAUGAAGGAGAUGCACUUCCACCCCAAGGCUCUGAAGGACGUUCGGGGCCAGGUGGGCGCGCCCAUGCCAGGAAAGGUGGUGGAGGUGAAGGUGAAGGAGGGUCAAAAGGUGGAGAAGGGCCAGCCGCUGUGCGUGCUGUCCGCCAUGAAGAUGGAGACAGUGGUCAACUCGCCCGUCUCCGGUACCGUGGCCAAGAUCUACGUGAACUCGGACAACAGCCUGGAGGGAGAUGACCUCAUUCUGGAGAUCAGCGAGUAGGAUGGACCAGGAGCCGUCCUGUCUGGGUCAGAACCUUAGGGAUGGAAUUACUAGCCGAGCUGAGCUUCGUGUGAGCCUACAUCGAGCGACCAUGUUUGAUUGUUUGUUUUAUUUAAAUUUUCAUUAGAAAUCUGAUCAGAUGUGUCUGCCUCAAAAGCUUCUAUAAGCUCUUCAACUGCCUGUGAGUCCAUUCAGGAUGCCUUGCUGAAUUGAAUAGUAAAAUAAAGAUGGCAUCAAACAGAAAAUAAUUUAUAAUCUAGUAAUUCUAUUUCUAUCAGAUUCGCUCGGCACAGUGUACUAUUGGUGUACUAUUUGUCGCAGAACAACCGAUUGUUCUGCCACAGUUUGAAGGAGAGAAAAUAAUAUAUAUUUUUAGAUUAAUGAGUCUAGUUUUGAAAUGAAUUAAUAAACGAGAUUGUAAUUAGCAAGGCUAAUUGGGGCACGCAGAGGUCACUUAAUCAUGGAUGAUGUUGUGCCAGCUCCACGGUCAGAGCCUUCAUGCAUCUGUGGCUUCGUUUCUGUACUCUGCAGCUUCUGUUAAGCAGUUGCUUAUUUUUUAAAAUGUACUUAUUUUGGGGGGUUUUUUUUAACCUUGUGUGCAGUUUGUGUCAUUGUUGUAUCCUCGCGGGGUGACUGCACACACAUUUUAAGAGAAUCGUGUGAAAUUCCUAAAAUAACAAUUCAUGUUAUUGUUGCCAUCGUAACAUCCUGUUGAAUGUUUAAGCAAAGCAAUAAUUUAAUAUUUCAGUUCAAGAUUUAAAGCUUUCUUGUAUUGUAGUGUUGAUGACUGACAUGUAACAUGGAACUGGAAUAUCACUUGAAUGUCAUUCAUUAUCCAUUGUUUUGCCAUGGUGAUUUUGGAGAUUUUAUUUUUAUUUCAGGUAUUUUAAAUCAGGGUAAAACUAUUGAUUCUUUUUUUCUUUCAAUAUAUCUGUCCACUCUUCUCUCCUACGCCCCUAUUCUGGUCAACACAUUUUAAUAUGAACUCACAAUCCUCCCUCUUAAAAGAGUACACACAUUCAGCUCCUACAGGUAUUUACACUUUCUCACACAAAUUCAUUUUAUUUAAAAGCAAAAGCUAGUAGCCCUUUUCACCACAUGUUCUGAGAGUAUUUAUAAAGCAGAAAUUACUUGAAUGAUGGACCAAAUUUUUUUAUGAUCACAUUAUAAUACUGUUUUGUUUUUGUUUUGUUUUUUUGCAUUUUCGUUCAGCUGAAAUAAUUUCCACCAGCUAACUGCCUUUUUAACUGCCUUUUAAACCAGCACAAGUAUUGCAUCGAAGGUGAGUAAAUUAAAUAUAAAUAGAUUGUUUAUAAACUGUGAACGUAUUUUAACAUUCCAGUACAUGCAAAUGUAGGGUAAACAAGGGAUUAAUUGAUCCAAGCUGUACUAGUAUGGAGUGAACUGGUCAACUCAGUUACCAAAUACUAGUAUAUUUUGGAAGAAUGCAAAUUCUAAGGUCCAGUACUAUGUUUUACAAAUGUUUAAUUUUCCUCCUUUUCAAAUCUCGUAAUAUUGCUUAUUGCGUUUGUAUAUUUUGAUGUUCGGAUCUUCUAUUUAUUCAUUGCAUUAAUUUAAGCUACAGGGAUGUGUGUGGUCCAGAAUGCUCAGGCUGAUUAUGUCUGCGCCCAGCUGAAAAAGGAACUGCUCUUCAAAUAAAUGAUAUCGCAUAUUAUGUAAAUACACACUUAACAUAAAAUGCUAGAGACAAUCAACAGAAUGAUCUUCAGUAUUUAAUAUCAGCAUGCAUAAUUACAGCAUAAUAACUCUUUGUACAAAUGAUACCAUUAAGGGAACCUUUUGUGCAACUCUAGAAUAGAAACAGCUUCCUAAUUCGUGUGUACAUGCCUGAAUGCAUGUAUAUCCUCCGAAAACCCAGCAAUUCAAUUUUGCCCCCCUGUAGGGGACUUGAGUCUCUGGUCUUAAUCUCAAGAACCAUUUAUUAUACUAUGCUGAAACCUACGCUGGACAUUCAAUACAAAUUCAAUUAUUGAAAAUAUUUCAGUGCAACUUAUUUCUCUCAUCCACAGUACUUCAUCAAAAAAUUUCAACACUAAAACUUAGUAAGUUUAGACAGUAUACCAGCUGUACUCUACCAAAAAAUUUGGACAGUUUAAUUUGCAUUUAAAAUUCUGUACUAAACCACAUUUCAAAGAUGUUUUUAGACUGCUGGCAAUCCAAGGCUGCAGUUCUUUUUGUAAGCCAGAUCAUCAACUUUGAUUUUUUAAAAUGAAGGAUCUCUUUGUGCAUGAUGUGAGUUUGAGCUCUGAAUGUGGCAUAUUGUUUUUACACACAAAUCAGGGUCAUCAUUUUCUGUCAGAUUCCUUUAUAUGUCUGGGAGCUGUGUGGUACACUAAGAAUUAGAACACCUGCAAGCAUCAUAGAAAUAAGCCAUAAUUAUAACAGGGUGAAUAGUCUAUGCAGGAUAAAAGAAGAUAUUCUCUAACAAGGAUAUGCGUGGGAUCUUCAGCAAACGUGAUACCAUUGUUCCGUCUCUCGUGCACUAUAUCGAAAUAAAAUGUUUCUCCCCUGUGUCUUGAACGAAUCCCAAUUAGUAACUCUUGUCAAUAUAAAAUACAAGAAUGGUGCUAUUUUGUAUUGUUAAUAUUAAUUAUCAAUAUUAAUACAAUAUUAAUACAUGCAUCAAGAAUACUAGAAAGAAAUAUGCUAUAUGUGAAAUUACUGGUGCUGUACUUAAUGAUGUGAUACAAAAACAGUGCCAUUGUGAAAUCCUUGUGGAUUUUGACUUUUUUGUACAAUUUUCAGGUAUGUUAAUGUUUUGGCAGUUAAUUGUAUACUAUUGUGUUAAUGAUGAGGGUGAAAAGCCCACCCAUAAAUAAAAUUAAAAAGAAGAGAUGCUCA